AGUGGCCAUAGGUCAGUAUGUGGUUGUACUAGGCUGCUUCCAGGUGUGAUUGUGAACAAUGCCUUCCUGUGAAUAAAUACAGAGACUGUAAGGAUGGCGGUGACUAGGACGAUACGGACGAAGAGCGAAGUAACUCCGCGUGGCUGCACUUGCACCAGUGGUGGGAGUGUCCGCGAGGAGGGUUAGGGCGGCGAGCGCCGCUGGAUGUUUUCAUUCUGAACUCCAAGGGUCGCGAGAGCGGACGCUGACGCACCGGACGCGAGGAAGAAAGUACCGAGUUCAGUCACUUCUUUGUCCAUAUAUCUCUUUUGCUUGUAUUUCCUGCCGGUGUCAUGUCAGUUCGUCGGCCCUGCUUGGUGCUCCUCUGCGCGGUGUUAGCGGUGACUCGUGCCCGCAGGAGUUCACCGGUGCAGGAUGACGUUCAGGAGAAAAUCAACAGCGCCAGGUGCACGUCCAGGUGUCUCACUCUGCACAUGACUCAGCUAACCGCUGCCUUCAGACACCUCCAGAGUGACCAAGUUCUGGUUUGGUGUGAAAACCACAGACGCUGUGCUCAGUGCCUUCAGCCAUGCAAAGAACUGUGGAAAACCAGGAAGGUGCUUUCUUCAAAGUCCUGUGAGAAGCAGACAGAGUGUGUGACAAGCAGGGAGUUUCUGGCCUCCCUCAGGUCUUCUCGUCAGGGUGACUGCCCUCCGCCUCAGCGAGCCACCGGAUUUGCUGCAGCCUGUGUCGAGAGCUGCUCAUCAGACCAGCAUUGUCCGUCCCCUAGAAAGUGCUGCUCCAAUGGUUGUGGACACACUUGCCAAGCUCCAGCCAAUUUAUACAAAGGUGUUCCUCUGAAGCCUCGCAGGGAGAUGACCUUUGUGGAGGACUCAGAGGGUCACGUGCAGGUGAUGUGGGUGUCCAAGUUCAAUGUCAGCAUGGAGCCGGUUGUUUAUAUGUUCCAGUCCCGCUGGAACGUUGGUAUCCAUCCCAGUGAGGACCACGCUUCUCCAUGGACUACUGUUGCCAUGACCCUUUCUGAAGAUGUGGUUCUGUCAGAUCUGAGGCCUCAGCGUUGGUACCAGUUCAGAGUAGCAGCCAUUAACAGUCACGGCAGCAGAGGGUUCACCACACCGAGCAAACACUACAUCUCCAGUAAAGAUCCCUCACCUCCAGAACCUCCAAUAAACAUCAGAGUGAGCAACCAGACUCUGGACUGGACAGGUUCACUUCCCGGGUCCCAGUUCACAGAAAGGUUAAGGGGAAGUGGGGUCACCGUGUCGGUUUUAUUACAGUGGGAGCCCCCCAGAGAGGGAGACCUGCCAGUCCACAACUACAGAGUCACCUGGGUGUCUCGGCAUACAAACACGGCACACAAAAACACACUACAUGCAGGCACACAUACAGUGGAAAACAACAUGCACAUACAGCCUGCACACCCACAUUCACCAGAGCAGGGCAAAAAGGAGAGCAGCAGCAGAGUGACUCAAGGGGCGCAGUGUGAGCUGUGGCUUCAGGGUCUGCUGCCUGCCACCUCCUACUUCUUGUCUGUCCAGACAGUCACCUACUGGGGUCAGAAGAGACUGAAGAGUCCCAGAGUUCAAAUAGCUUUUGCUACUAUCACUCACACAGUUGAAGACUUUUCCAAUGAACUCCCAUCUUCCUCAUCUUCAUCGUCCCUUUCCUCAUCCUCCUCCCCUUCAUCCUCUGACCUCCCCCUCUCCUCUUCUCUGCCUCACCCUGAGUCACCCUUGAACCCUGCCACCCCUGGCACCCUGCGCCUGGAGGUUGCUGCUCCUCAUUACCAUGACAACCAGCUGCAGGUCAAAGUGUUCUGGAAGCGGCCUUACCGCGCCAAACAGGAACACCCUGGCCCAUACAUUUUGCGGUGGCACCCACAUACCUGUAGUACUAAUGUUACAAGCACAGAGAGAACAACAACUGUGCAGGGCACUCAUCACACUAUAACAGGCCUGCUAUUUGCUUGUAAGUACUGGGUUGCUGUGGCAUUGAAGGCUGACCCAGGAUCAGAGGCUGUUGCCUGGGUUACGACCCCAACUUGCUCAUCCAACAGGGUCAGAGGAGGCAAAGGGUUGUCCUGCAACACUGAGGAGCGCCUCCUGUCAGGCAGAAAGGUGGCACUGCGUCCAGAGCGGCUGACUGCAGAUUUUCAGCAGAUCAACAGUACUUUGCUCACAACGUUUCGCUGGAGAAUGUCCCAGGAUGCACUGGACCCGGCAGCUGUUGAGGGGUUCCAGUUCACCUGGACGCUACAGUCAAGUGUUACCACAGCAACAGAAGGGCGGGAAGACACACUUAUCUCCCAGACACAGACGAUUGCACCGUCUCAGAGGUCAGUGACAGUUCAUGGUCUUCAGGCUGACAGUGUUUACCAGCUGCAGCUCCAGGUGCUAACACCAGGGGGCAGCAACGGCGCUGCAGUUUCCAAGACCAUUCACACCCCAGCUAUCAAUGUCACAGUUUGACAGAUCAUGUCUUCCAGGCCCAGAACCCACAUCUGCCACUGCUAGAUGCACUAUGGCCAGCUUUACGAACAGUUUCAGCAAACAUCUUUACCAAGUGCAGACAUCAUGGCCAAAAGUAUAAAACAAAGUGCCUCCUUGUAAAGUGGGCUCUUAUACGAUAGGUUAUUUUCUACUCUGAUCAUUUAUCUUUCACUUUUUGUCACUUUUCUAACAUAAGGGCCGUGAUCUUCCUCUAACCAGUUGGCUGGUUAUCAUCAGCAUAAAAUUUGUGGUUUGCUGUCAUUUUACAUGGUGCCACUUUAAAAAAAGCACUCCUUAAAAAUACUUGUUGUUAGUCUUGGCAGUAAAAUGUAUAUUCUUAAACCACAUUUCUUCAGUUUUAAUUAAAACUGCAGCAUUUUCUAAAUGAUUCCUCUAGGCAUUAGUGCCACGGUGCCUCAGCAUUGCAAGAUACAGUAUGUAUGUGAAAAGUGAGACUCCUUGCAUUGCUGCAUCUGUACAUGUUUGGUGUUUAGACUUUAUUAGUCCAAUCUAAUCACCUGACAUCACUGGAACCAAAGGACAUUUGUAUUAUUAUUAUUACAAUAUUCCUGUUGUUUCUGAUCAUACUAGGGGAGAACAGUAUAGCACUGACCUUAUGUACAAAUUGUCAUGUAUAGUAAUGUGUUUAUUUCGAUGCACAAUCUGCUGCAUUAUCUUUGAAGCUAGUGGGUCUGAUUUAGUAUGUAGAAAUCAAAGUAAGUUCAGACAUUUUGAUAUGUAUUCAUGUGUUUAAAAAACUGUCUGAAUUUGCUUGUUUGAUAUAUUUUGGGCAUCAUUUAUUUGCCUAUCAGCACAUUCAAUUCACUAAUCAAUAAUAUAUGACAUUUUUGUAGCUACAGGUAAUAUAGCUAUACCCCUGGUGGAUUUCUUUGUUUUGGAAAAAAAAGUCAUGUCAUUGCUUUGAAAAUGUUGGGAACUUUUGGCAUCAAAGGAGUAAUUAUCAUGUUAAUAUAGCCUUUUGUUGACAUUUUACUGUUGAUAAUAUGUACUUAAUUCCUUUACUUUUAUGUAGUUUAAUUUAUUGUUGUCCUAUUUUAGAUUUUUGUAAAUAAAGAUUUGAAGACACUGUUUGUUGUGUCAGUGACCUG